AGUUAUCGCUUGACCACGAACCGGUCCAAUGAGAUUAGUCCAGUGCAAGCUGAAUUCCUGACGAGUUUUCCUUUGGUUUCACUCGAGUUUCAAUAGUGUUUUCAUUGGAGAUGAUUUUAAACUCACGGCUUUCGGUGAGAGUGAUUCAUGGAAGUUUAAUGGAACGAUACAUCAUCAAUCACUUGGCAUAAUUUUGCUUUUGAUGGCACACGGGAAUUUAUUUCCAAAUUAUCAGCGAGAAGAGCGCAAUUCGGAUAAUGUCGGAUGCUUCAUUUGCCAUAGCAGUUCAUAAAUUAGAAACUCAGUGAAGUAUUCUGUUGCGUGCGGUGAGAUAACUCUAAAAGGAAUUCCACACAUACAUUAACUUCUCUCUUCUCGAUGUUGACAAAGUCCAGCUCGACAGUAACUCCAUUAAAAAUCAGCAUUAACGGUUCAAUUGCGAUGUGUGGAACCGAAGAGACAGCGGCUUCAGGAAAUAAACCACUGAAAAUCCUCACCAAUAAAAUAAUCAAAAUGACAACAACUCUCCAUGAGCAGUCCUGAUUAAAAAAAUUCAAGAGCUCAAGGCGAUGUUGUUGCUGGCCACGUGCCUGGUGAUUCGAGGGGAGGUACCAAAGCCAAGUUACGCGAGAACGAUGUUAAAAGUUUCAAGGAGUCUCCCAGGUGAGACCCAAGAGUUGAAGGUGCGAACGAGUGAAGGAAACGUGGCGACGCUGAUAGUGAAAAGACGAGAAAAAUCGGGGAAUUUGAGUCCUUCAAGGCCGGAGAACACGAAGAACACGGAGAACACGUCGAAGACGGAGCCACCCAGGAACGAGCCGACGUUCUUCAGAUUGAGUUCCCAGUCGUCGGAACGCGACACCUGGCGGCCCUUGGGAGAGACUCCCACAAAGCCCCAGGAGCCGACGACGGAGUCCUACCUGAGCUGGAAGCCCCUGCCCCCGGACACCACCAGGGCGACCACCGAAGAACGAACCAACUACGGCCUCGUCUUCGCCAGGCACUUUCAGGAACGCGAUGACCGUACCCUCGAGCCCCAGGAUCAACGGAGAACCUAUACUGUUCUUCCGCACUCAAGGCCACCCACACGCACAAAUAUAGGUGCGAACCUGGGGAAAAAUCGGGGUGGAAAGAACGUCCCUCCUGAGGUGACCGUUCGAUCCGAGAUCAACGUCAAAAGCUUCCCCGACAGGACCCCCAUGUCCAUCGACGCCAACGGCACCCCCGUCAUCACUGGUAAACGCGUCCCAGACGAACCCAUCGAUCAAAUCCAAAUCUGGAGGAACGCCCGCGUCAUAAACAACAAAUUAGUUCCAGACGCCGUCGCGAGUGACGCAACCAGCGUCGGUGACCCCGGCACCGAGAGGCGCCGGUUCGAGAGAUUCUUUCAGGAUGUAAAUAGAAGCACCCACCAACAGGCGUUAACCCCGGAACUCUGGCUUCGCAGGUACGGCCGAAAUUUCGACGAUGAUGGGCCAAACGUCUACUACGAGUGGGAUCCAAAGACCCACCGAAACGUUCUCCUGAAUGCUGAUAUCUACGAAACGGGCAACGAGCCGUACCGCUCAAACAUCCAAAAGCGAAUGCUUCAUCCUGACUCCCCACAGACCUAUCCACCCUCUCAGAUGUACACACCAGAGAGUCAAAAGAUAGCGCCUUUGACUCUAAAACCAGGUGCAAGAACGCCAGUUCUUCAGUACGCGCACCCUGAGCUCGGUGUCCAGCCCGCAAAGAUCUUGAAGAUCGAGAAGAAGCGACCGGACAAUUUUCCGGAGAAUCAGAACUCCUUCACGGAGCAGAGACACAAGAAGAAGUACGUGCUGAACGACAAGAACGUCAUCGACUCGUACAGCGCGAAGAAUUAUUAUCCAAAUCAGCACUUCUACGGAUUGAAGCGGCCGUCGGAGCCUCCGUUCUGGGUGAAGAUAUCGGAGAACCUGAGGAAUCAGUUCUCAACGGGAGUUGAGAAGGUCUCGCAGUUCACGAAACCGGUGUUUGAUCCUCUGGUGGAGGCGACCCAGAAGAUAUCGCAGAAUUUGGGGCUGUCCAGGGGUCAGGAGGCCCAGGAGAAAAUUGGAACGGUUGCAGGAGCGUCGAUGCUCAUUCCAGCUCUGGGACUCGUGGCGUCUGGGGCUGCCCUCGGGAUCGGUGCUGUGGCUGUUGGGCGAUUCCUCGACGUCGAGGUAGGGAAGAGGUCGAAUGAUGAGAAUAACGAAGAGCUGGAGAAUGAGAGAGCUCUACAAGCGGUGGCUGAUGAACAAGCUGGAGGGAAAGUCACGGGUGAGAGGUUGAAGAGGAGUUUGGAUGAUCCUAAUCUUUUUCCUCUACCUCUGGAGGAGCAGGACGACAGGAGCAGGAGAUUGAGGAGAACUGGAGACGAUCUGGGCGAGUUUAUCGAGGUUGAUGUCCCUCAGAAUGAUGUUCUUCUUCUUUUUGAGGAGAACAGCAUUCUGGAGAAUGAGGGCGAGACCAGGAGUCGCAGGAGUCUUGAUAGGAAUCUCGAGGAUGCCCUCCAGAAUCUGGAGAACGCAGAAAUCUCUGAGGUGGCACAUGUCAGUGGAGACUGGACACAUACACCCUGCUCUAAGAGAAUAUUCUGCGACGCCAUGAUUCAACAAGGAGAUGACGCACAUAUCCUCAUGGAAAAGAAGAUGGACUCACUUCUUCGUUCGAUUCAGCCAGAGGCGGCAGCUCAGGUGUCGAGUCAUUUCCACGAGGUAAUGGACGCCGUCAGAAGACACGAUUGUUCAAGAUUUCUGUGCCCACAAGCACGACCCGCCAAUGUCUUCUUCUAGACGACUUCUAGAUCCCCAAGAUUGUAUCGUUACUGGAACACAAAGGGAGCAUCAUAUUAUUUUCUUGUGGAUACAUUAAAUGUUCCGGGGAAUCCCAUCGAUUUUUUUGAGAUGUCAGCCCGGGAAAAUUCCCGCACAAAUUAGCGUAGUAACGCCAGACUGCAAAAAAUGGGCACACGUUGCUUUUAUAUUGAUAUAUGUUAUUUUAUUAUUUAAUCAUUGUGAGAAUGACUGGUACUUGUGUAUUUAUUUCAUCCUCGGUUCACGUACAGAACUGAGGGAUUUAUUUCAAUAAUUUUUAUUACGUCGGUAUUAAUUCACGCGUACGAGUGCUAACAGAAUAGUUCAAUACGAAAUAAAUGAAUUUUUUUCUAUCGAAAAUCCGACGUUUGUAUAUUUUAUUACCCAAAAUUGUAAUCGAA